UGGGGUGUCAUUGUUCCGUGUUUGAGCUGUCUGCAAAGAUGGAUGUUUUGGGGAAAAAUUGAAGAGAAGCCUUCAGCUGUCUUUGAGUGGAGGGAGAGGGGGCAUUUUAAGAAGUUCUAAUAUAUUUUCGGACAAGGCUACAUCAGAAAUAGCUGAAGUUUAACUGGUGGAACGUGGCUUGUAAAUUCACCUUACUAUGGAGCAGUGUCUGACGGUGGAUAGUUUUGAUUUAAAUAAUGAGCAUUUCAAAAUUCACUGAGGGCAGAAGCCAUUUAAAGCAGGCUGCAGCUGGGAAAGCCCUGAUUCUUGACGGCAGCUGAAGGGACUUCUGUCAAUUUAAGAAUUCAGGAAGGAGGCGUUGGAAAGCAGUACUUUAUGAAAAUGUCACGUUUUACAGGUCAAUCUGCUGUAGGAUAAUAUAUGGGAAACAAAGAUCCCAUGUGGAUGCAUGACUCAGCCUGAAGCAUCCAAAGUGGUGGAAAGGUUCAAUGGCAAAUGUAAACAUUUGUCAACACUUACAAAAUAUUCCUUGGGGCAGCAUGGAUGUGAUGGAAUCUAGCGUGCUGAACACUAGCGAAGAACAGCGCUUUUGUUUUUAAAGCAUUAAUUACUUGGGUUGGUUGCAGCAAUGGCUAGCAAAAGAAAAUCCACAACUCCUUGCAUGAUACCAGUGAAAACAAUGGUGCUGCAGGAGAUGGAAUCAGAUACGGUGGAAGAUCAUCAUGGAGAAACUCAACAGCACGUGCUUUCUGAACCACUGGCAGCUAGUGAUGCUGUUGUUAACAAUAGCAGUAAUAAUGCAGCCUUGUCUAAUGGGCAUCGCAGCAUUAUAAAUGGUGAUGCUUACAUGUGUAAGUAUUGUGAUUUUGAGACUCAAGACAUGAAUCAUUUUUUUGGACACUUGGAUUCUGAGCACUUAGACUUCAGCAAAGAUCCCUCGUUUGUAUGUGUUGAGUGCAGUUUUCUGGCCCCAAACCACCAAGGGCUUUUGCAUCACAACGCGGAAUGCCACACUGGGGAAGCUAGCUUCCUCUGGAAUGUGGCUAAACAGGAUAAUCAUACAACAGUGGAGCAAAGUCUUUCUGAUGCCACCAGCAACCAAGACCUUUCAGGAGAAUCCUGUGAGGAGGGGGUGGAUGGCCAAGCAGAGAUUAUCAUCACCAAAACUCCCAUUAUGAAGAUAAUGAAAGGUAAACCCGAGGCCAAAAAAAUUCACAUGCUGAAGGAGAAUGUACCAAGCCAGCCGGGCAAUGAAUUAGCAAUGAAAGAUGGUGACCAGUCAUUCACCAAUGGGUCUUUGCCAGCCAGCCAGUCAACAGCCAGCUCGGCAAAAUCGUCUCAUGUACUCAGUGGCUCCAUUUUGGGAAAUGUGCCUGUUUUGCAGGCAGGUGUUACACAGCUUGUGUCAUUGCAACAGCAGCAGCCACCCCCACAGCUGCACCAGGAGCUACCCACAGCCAAAUCCCUUCCCAAAGUGAUGAUCCCUUUAAGCAGCAUUCCCACGUACAACGCAGCCAUGGACUCCAACAGCUUCCUGAAAAACUCUUUCCACAAGUUUCCCUACCCUACAAAAGCUGAGCUUUGUUAUUUGACUGUUGUGACCAAGUACCCAGAAGAGCAGCUUAAGAUCUGGUUUACUGCCCAAAGGUUGAAACAAGGCAUCAGCUGGUCCCCAGAGGAGAUAGAAGAUGCACGGAAAAAAAUGUUCAACACUGUUAUUCAGUCUGUACCACAGCCCACUAUCACAGUUUUAAAUACACCUAUCGUUGCGAAUGCCAACAAUGUCCAGCAUCUCAUUCAGGCAACUCUGCCUGGUCAUGUGGUGGGACAACCAGAAGGAACAGGAGGACUGCUCGUUACACAGCCAAUAAUGACAAAUGGGUUAAAAGGAAGCAGUUCGUCUCUCACGCUAGCAGUGACGUCGAUUCCCAAGCUCCAGUCAGUUUCGCAACACAACACUGUGUGUUCAAACAGCGCAUCGGCGGUGAAGGUGGUCAAUACAGCCCAGUCUCCGCUGGCUGCAUGCCCAAGCAUCUCUUCACAAGCUUUCCUGGAUCCCAACAACUACAAAAAUAAGAAGUCCCACGAGCAGCUGUCUGCCCUGAAAGGCAGCUUCUACAGGAACCAGUUCCCUGGCCAUAUUGAAGUUGAGCGUCUGACCAAAAUUACAGGCCUUAGUACUAGAGAGGUUCGAAAGUGGUUUAGUGAUAGGAGAUACCACUUCAAGAAUAUGAAAGGCAGUAGAGCUAUGUUUGCUGGAGAUAAUACAAUAAUUAUCGCCUCUUUCCCAGACAUUAUCUUCACUGAGUCACCAAAGGACACUGAGUUAACUUCUAUGACAGUACCGAUGCCCGUGGCUCAUCCCCAAACAAGGCGACAGUCUUGGCAUCAAACGCCCGACUUCACCCCAACGAAAUACAAAGAGCGAGCACCAGAGCAGCUCAAGGCUUUGGAAGGCAGUUUUACACAAAAUCCUUUUCCUCCAGAGGAAGAAGUGGAUCGGUUGAGGAGUGAAACAAAAAUGACCAGGAGGGAAAUUGAUAGCUGGUUUUCAGAGAGGAGGAAAAAAAAGGUGACGGAGGACAAUAAAAAGACAGAAGAAAUGGCCCAGCAAGAGGAGGAGGAGGGUGCUGAGAGUAACUGUGGAGAAGAAGAAGACUCCUCAGAUGAACUGAGGGUCUUGAGUGAAAAUGGUUUAUUAGAUACAUCAAGCAAUCAGACUUCAGUGGAGCGGAAAGUUAGCCCAAUUAAAAUCAACCUCAAGAAGCUUAGAGUGACUGAGUCAAAUGGCCAAAAUGAAUUGCGGAAUGCAGGUGCAAAUGAUCCAGGGAACAACUGUUCUGGCACGCCAGCUCCCCCCGUAAAAACCAAAAUGAACUUUAAAAAAACAGCCCAACAGCGGCAUUUGCUGAAACAAAUAUUUGUGAAGACACAGCGACCAACAAAUGAAGAAUAUGAUGCCAUAGUUUCUCAGACAGGUUUGCCCCGGGCUGAGUUAAUUCGCUGGUUUGGGGAUACCCGAUAUGGUUUUAAAAAUGGUCAGCUAAAAUGGUAUGAGAACUACCGGCGUGGUAUCUUCCCUCCCGGGUUAGUAGCAAUCAGCCAAGCCAGCAAAGAUAUCCUAGAGAACUAUUACAAAAAGCACAAGAUGCUGUAUGAAAAUGACCUAAAGAGCUUGUGUGAGAGAACGAAGAUGAUUCCACAGCAGGUUAGGGUGUGGUUUGCUGUAAAAACGGAUGAAGAAACCAGGGCCGUGUCUGACACGGGAAGCGAGGACCGAUACUCGAGCACGGGCGAACAAGCUGGAAGCCAAAAAGGGACAUGUGAUGCCUAUUCUGAGGUGUCUGAGAACAGCCAGUCUUGGGAGCCCGGGGGCUGGGAAGGCCAUUUGCAAUCUUCGGAGACCUUUAGCCAGCAACCCGCAGUUCAGCUGGAAACGGAUUGACCUUAAGCUGCCUGCUAUGAAGGAUCCGCGAUUACAUGCAAGAUUUUAAAUCCAUGGGCCUGAUACAAAUCUCAGCAGCAGGGAAUGGUGUAAAAGCACUGCCAAAAUGAGACCUUCCAGUACAGCGCAUCAAUCAAUGAUCGAGAGCAAGAGAAUUGGGCUCUCGGAGCAGUGCUAUUUGCAGCCUAAUCUAGAAUCUUAUGAGCUGGCCAGAGUAGGAUGUCAGUGGGAGCUUCUAGCUCCUGUGACGUAGGAUGCUCGUUUCCUCUCCAGGGGAUAAACUUUCAGAUUUCAUCUUCAUAUACAGAGAACGGAACCAACUUUUGACUUGCAGAGAGCUGCCUUGACAAGCAUAAUUAGUUUUGGACAUUGAAUGUGUAAGCACAUUUUUUGCAUAAAAAUGGACUAUCAUGGCACAAUACAUUUUUAUCUUCAUGGUUUUGUAAUGUAUUUGUUCUCUAAGUGUUAGCAGUGUUGCAUAUGUCCCUGACUUUUGGGUCCCUGGAUCAGGCAAUGGUGAACACCAUCAUGAGCGUUGAGUAUGUGUGUCCGAAGGAGAGAAGAGAAGAUCUGAGAAACCAUAUGCCAGUCUUAAUUUCAAGAACAGGAUGAAUGCGGGGUGAGGGUAGCUAUAGAUUUCUUUUCUUGAGAAUUAGAUAUUUUACAUCCUCCAGUAUCCAGUAGAGUCAGGAGCCAGCAAAGGUCAGGAGAUGGAGUUGGAUGUAAUCUGUUCCCCUAUUGGCUGAAGCAAUUUUAUUUCUGUUUGUCAGGUGAUGGAAUGUAACAUGGCCCAUUAGUCUCCAAGCCUCAUGUUAAUUACUGAGAACUAGCACUUAAUUUUUCCAUCGUGCCCUGUAAUCCCUUUCAUUGUUUCUCUAGAACAAAUUGUUCGUCAGAGAACAGACAAAACAUUGGGUUUCUGCUAAUGUUUCAAGUUAUCAUUGUCUCUCUUAGGAAGGCAACCCAUUUUACAGGCUGUAAGCUUACCUGUUAAACACUAGUUGAAUUAGAUUCCUUCUCUUAUCCUGCUGUGCAAUUGCUAUUAACCUGUGCUCAUUGGUCCAGGUCAUGUUCCCUAGGCCUCCAACUGUAGACCUGUCUUUGUGAACUAGACAAUAAAUAAGUUGCAAAGUUACAUGGUAUAUUAAGUGCUCAUGUAAUUAUAUACCCUUUUAAUAUGUAUAUGUGUACACUGUCUGGGGCUGUUACUGUUUUUAAAGCAGCCUCUUGAUUCUUUUUGAUUCUAUUGUAGUUUUUCUUAAUUUGGAAGGUGGUUUUCUUAGUGGGAGGAGAUAUUUAUUAAAGGGAUGAGUUGCAAGCUCAAAAUGACCUGAUCCAGUGGAAGUUUUACAGAGAGAGGCUGGUAUUUUUAAAUCUCUUCCAGCAGCUUGUCCAAAGGCAGUGUUUGAUUAAGCCACCUUCUUGAGUAGCAGUCCCCUUCCCUCAUGCCCUUAAUUAGGUGGCCUUAUUAUUCAAUAAUGAAGGAGUAGCUCUCUCUAGUCGUAGCAUCGCUUGGGACUGAAAGGGCUCCAGUGGGCACCUAAGUCUGUUUGUUCAGUCUGUGGCAAUUUGGAGAACCAUGCUGAUAACAGCAUUUCUUCUUAGGCAGACGACAGCUGUACAGGUCAGACAAAACCUUUGUUAGAGGCAACACUAGCCAGACCCUCAAAGAUGUGAUCUUAACAUAGCCUGGAGCAGCUCAAGGGCCGAGACCCUAUGUUCUUGCUCUGAUGAGCUGAGAUGGCUAUUCCACAAUGAUUGUUGGAACCUCAGUUUACAUAGUCCCUGCACCUGUCAUCUUGUAUACCCUGAAACAUCUGGGAAAGGAGGGAAAAAUCUAGAAAUGUCUAGAACUGACAAUUACUCUUGAUUCUACUGCUGGGAGUCCAGUGACCUAAGAGUCUGGCUGUAUGUAUAGUGUUAACUAAAGAGAACAAAUACACGUAAGUCAUUUACUCUCUAUAUACAUGCAGUAUUUAAAUAGGCACAUAUACUGUUCAAAUACACAUCUGAUUCUUUACUGCAUAAAAUGUACAUUGAAAUGUUCACUGUACUGUGUGCUGCAUAAAUAUGUUGGAAACCUA